AUGGACCUGCUCGUACCAAAAGAACGCAACAUCCUAUCAUGGCUCCAAGAUUUGAUAAAAGGGUAUGAUGUUACGUACUUUAGAAUAUCCAGUCACGAAAGCCGCGGAGGAUCUCUAGCAACUCCAGAAAGGGAGAGUAGGAAAGUUGUCUGGCACGAAAGUGAGACCAGUGAGGGACAAAAUCGCAUAAGAGAAGAAAAAGCAGAGGAUAUUAGUUUUUUCUCUCGUCUCCUUUUGGCCAUCUCUUAUGCCAUUUUGUCCACCGUUGAUGCCAUCCAUCAAUUCACAGUCUUCAAUUUAUUGCAAUGCAUAAUCAUUGACACUAAGGAGCAUAUACGAGCAGUAGAUCCUCCUCAAGGAAAUUUGGUGCACCAUAGGAAUCUCCCUCGAAGAUUCGACACGUACCCCAUCGGAAUUUUCUUAGAAAGAGGCGUCAGUGGAGUCUGCCCAGAAAGCUCUUCGACAUUACUCUCCAACCCUUUGAUACAAUCGCAGCCACUGAGGCGAAAUUACUUCUUGUUAUACGUUGAAAGGAAGGACGAAGACGAUAACAAAGUUACAAAACCAGAAAGAACGAAGUAUAAGACGGAGAAUAUGCUCAAGUUCGAUAUCGGCGAAGAGGAACGUGGAUUCCAUGGAGUGAAAGAAGAAAGAUUCAGAUUGCCUGGGACAAAAACGCAUAGGAUAUAUAGGGCAAAGGGGGGCAAGGCAAGAGGAAUUUUUGAAGAAAUGGGGAAAGCUAAGCAAAACUAA